AUGUCUACCGAAUUCCAUAACUUUGCAAAGAAAUUAAUACAUCAAUCUCCAGAACAGUUGUUCUUUGUUUACCGUGAAGGUUUGAAGACAGCUGAGACUUACAUCCGGGAUCUGGGAGGCCAGACUCGAGGCUCGAAAGGCUGGGCGAGGAAGCGACUAGCCCAGCAAGAAGCUGUGCCCGUGGCCACUUGGGGCCUUUGGCCAGCGGGCGCAGAGAUUAACCCGGGCGAAGACGGGGUGAUUUCCUGCGGGCUUUUACGUUUUCGAAGCUCGGGAAGCGGGAGCCGGACGAAGGGCUUUCGUGUCGUUAGGGAAGGCCGCGGGCAAGCGGGCAGAUCCGGGUUAGCUCCCGGGAGCGAGUCCUCGGGGGGCGGGGAGGGGAGCGCGCGCCGCCAGCCCAGGGAGGGCGCCGGGGAGGCCCGCCGCUCCGUAGACAAUGGUAUCCCCGGAACAAAGCACAACAAUAAGGCCCUUGCGUUUAUAAAUCGCGCGCCCGCGGCUGCCUCCGGGAGCCCGGCGGGAGGCGGCGGGAGGCGGCGUGCGGCGGCGGAGCGCGGCCGAGGCUCCGCACCACCCCCCCCCCCCCAGGUAGGGCCGCGCUGCCCGACGCCUCGCGUUCGCACGGCGCGCCCCGGCGCCCACCCGGCGGCGCCGCCGCGCGUCUGGGUGCCCGGCGCGUCUCCUCCCCGUCCCCCGGGCCAGUCCCCCGUGGGUCCGCGAUGCGAGGCCGAAGGCCGCGGGCGAGAUGGAAGGGGUGGGGAGGUGGCAGCGUCCCGGGGGGCAGCGGCCACCCGCUCGGCCGCCCCUCGUCGCCCCUUCCCGGGGUCAGGGCCCCACGGACCCGGCUGGCACCUGGCUCUCGGCCCUGCCCCUGGGCUCUGCGCGCCUUCGCCGCGGGGGCCGAAAAAGGACGGCGGCGGGAGGGCCUCGGCGCCGCCGGCGCCGCUCGAGGACGGGAGGCGUGCGUUUUGCUCUCACGCCCUCUCGCCGUGCCUCCGCCCGACUCCCUCCACCGCGCGCGGACCCCUCGAGGCCGCCGCCGAGCCCCGCCCUGGCAGCUGGCGACUCCUCGGUCGUAACCCAGUUCCCGCUUGGCUCCGCCUGGGGUUUGCACCGGCGAAGCAGGAAAUGCGCUGUUCCCGGUGCACUUCCCUGCUCAGAAACUCGUCCGCGGGGGUGUUUCUUAGAUCCGCACCCCCUCCCGCCCCCAGCCUCCUCCGUAGUCCUGGGUGAAGUGUGGGCUCCUUCCCUUUAUUCUCUGGCAUGGAGAACCUCAGACCCCCGGGAUUGGAGGGGGGGCGGCGGUUGGGGUGAAGGCAGAGUUGCCCCCCCCCCUCGUCUUCCAGGCGCACACCGUCCUUCUGGCCCCUCCGUAUCUGCCUUGCGACGUUAACGGGAAUUUCAGUAGUGGCGUGGCUUCUGUGCAUCCGCUUCUGCUGGCCCACCCCCACCCUCCUCACACCUUAGAACAAGCCAGAGCUUCAACCCACCAGUCUUCCCGGCACCAUGCCCACUGUGAGAGGGGCACUCACCCUCCCACCCGAGGGAGGGCGGUCAUGGCUCCUGCCUCCGAGGAACGCACAAUGCAGGACAUUCGUCUUCCUCUCUGAUUUAUUCGCUUCCAGCUGGAUGUUCUGGGCCUGUUCUACUGUAAUCGUUUGUGCCCGGCAUGUGAAGGUGAUGCCGACAUCAGUAGGCCAAGUCUAGGAGAGUCUCUCUGUCUUUGGAGAAAGCCGAUCUUCCUGCCCUCUUCAUAUCUACAGCUAGCUCUUUGAAGGUGUUUGUUGAGGGGAUGAGACCACAGCUAUCACCUGGAGCCAGGAGCUGGGAAGAAGGAAUCUCUACCAAGCCACCUGCAGGUUGACUAAGAAAGACCCCUACGCCCACAGCAAACAACAGCGAGAUCUGAGGCCAGGAACCCCUCCCCACCCCCUCUCUCUACGCCCACGGCACUAUUUCUGGGGAGAAAAUGACCCCGUAGUCGAAAGGCUGAUCGCGAUGACGCGUUCUUAAAAGCAUAGUUUCUCCAACCGUCUGUGGAGAAGGAUCGGGUUUUUUCUUUAUUGCCAACCUGUCGCACGUGGACACUUUCAGAAGACGGUAAAAAUGAAUCGCUAGAAACGUGAAAUGGCAAAGUCAUGCAAAAUACAAGCCCCCGUUUCUGGUUAAAAGGUUCAUCUGAUGUCCAUCGAACUCUUGCAUUGCUACCGGAGUUCCGACCUGCUCCCUUGCGAGAUCUCUGUCUCUGCCCCGCAGGCUGGGCGGGACGGCGCCCUGUGCCACCGCACGGCACAGAGACCUCUGAGAGCCUCUCUCAGAAAACCCGGGACCUUAAAACAGCAGCCUUUUUCUCAUUUUGCACUUUUAGGUUCCUAGUCCUUCUUUAUUGUUUUCAUUAAUUAAUUAAUUUGAGAAAGAGAGAGAGAGCGAGAGAGGGAGAGAGAGAAUCCCAAGCAGGCCCCACACACAGCACAGAGCCCGAAGCGGAGCUCGAUCCCACGACCCUGGGAUCGCGACCUGAGCCCUAAUCAGGAGUUGGACACUGAAGUGUCAGAGUCACCCAGGCUCCCCUUUCUUUAUUCUUUUCAAAGGAGGUAACAAAUUGACUAUAAACGUGAUAUUAGAUGAAAACCUCUAUCGCUACUAAGCGCCAAAUCCACCACCCCCCUUGUUGACAUUAUUUACUGUGGCACGAGGAGGCUGCGUGUUGUGGUGGGUAGAGACAGGAAAGCAUUCAGCCUCCCUGCCCGGAUUUAGUGUGGACGUAGAAGGACUAAAAGGCCUGGACGGCAAACUCUAGCAAGGACGAAAGGGAGAAUUAGGUUAACCUGACCUUCUGAUGGCCUGCUUCUAAGUCACAGAUGUGAAUUCUUUCUCCUUCUGCCAAAUUGAAGCCUAUAUGAUUAACUGAUAGAUACUCCUACAUAUCAUCUAUGUAAAUUACAUAUAUAUAUAUAUUUAAUUUCUUCUGUUUUACCAAUGAAGAAACUGACGCAACGUUCUAAUAACCAAUCUGGGGAAUCAAAGGAUGUAGUCCUUUCCCUAAGGCAUUUGGAGCUGUGACAACACACAUGCCAUCCUGUAGAUCACAUGCAAGGAAUGGCCUAGGCUCACCCCACGACUCGUGAGGUGCCUUUGUCUCUCUAAUGAGAUCAGACUUUGGGGGCAAACUCUCCACACCAUCCCCCGCUCAUCUAACUUCUAACUACAACCCGGAGUCCUGGCUGUCACAAGGCCCGUCGGGUCCCAUCUUCCUUUUGUUCCCAUCACCAUCAACAAAGAGCUGUGGUCACAAGUUUCUGUGUAUGGGAGAUGUUUACAUAUAAUAACAUUGAUUCAUUGUUUGUACCUCUUAACACAUUGCUGCCGUACUAAGGCUUUCGUUCGGAUGAGGGUUUGCAAUUGUUCAUUCGGGAGAAAUUGCAUAUUCCAGGCAGACUCUGAACCGUUCAUCCAAAAUGCUUUCCAUCCUAAGUUGCAUUUAGCAGUAGGCUUAAAGCUGCUUAAAUGGUGGAGUCACAUUCCCUCAGUUUUACAUUUCUUUUUUUUUUUUUUAACGUUUAGUUUUGAGAGACCGAGCGCAAGCAGAGGAGGGGCAGAGAGAGAGGGAGACAGAGAGAGAAUCUGAAGCAGGCUCCGCGCUGUCAGCUCAAAGCCCUACUUGGGGCUCAAACCCAUAGACUGUGUGAGAUCAUGACCUGAGCCGAAGUUGGAUGCUCAACCGACUGAGCCACCCAGGGGCCCCCAUGUUUUAAUUUCUUAAAAGUUUUUAUUUAAGGGGCCCCCGGGUGGCUCACUCAAACAUCUGACUCUUGAGUUCAGUUCAAGUCAUGAUCUCAGUGCUCAUGGUUCAAGCCCCACAUGGGGCUCUGCACUGACCGCACAGGGACGGCUUGGCACUCCCUGUCUCCCUCACUUUCUGCCCUCCCUCUCUCUCCCUCUCCCUCUUUCUCAAAAAUAAAUAAACAUUUAAAAAUAAAUAAAGUUUUUAUUUAAAUUCCGGUUAGUUAAGAUACAGUGUCCUAUUAGUUUCAGAUGUACAAUAUGGUGAAUCACCACUUCCAUACAUCACCCAGUGCUCAUCAUGGCAAGUGCCCUCCAAUAGGCAAGUGCCAUGCCUAUUUCAGCCAGCCCCCACCCACCUCCCUUCUGGUAUGUAAGUUCAUUUUUUUUUAAAGGGGAUACUGCAUUUUUAAGCACAUGAAUGAGGAAAAGCCCUUUGUCGUUUUGCAAAAUAUAAGAAUUCAUAUUUAUACUUCGCACUCUGCAAAGUAUUUUUAUACACAUACUUCAAAUUCAUCUUCAAAAUAACCCUACUGCUUAGAUAUUCAUACUGCUUCCUUCCCCCCCCCCCCCCACAAGAAGAAAAUGAAGUUCAGACAGAUGAAACGAUCCCCCAGAGUCACAAAUCUGGAAAGGAUUGGAUCCUUCCAUUUCACAGUUUAUGCUUUUUCUACUGUUCCAUGCUGUUAACACGGUUUCUCACGUGUAGAAAGGCCAAUUCCACCAUUUUCCUGUUGGCCUGUGUGUCAUUCUCCCAGGGCUUGAAGGACUCCGGUUGCCUUCGAUUACUGUGAGCACUCCAGCCUGGCUUGAACACUUAGGUCAACAUGCUUUUCAUUCAGUAUUUUUGUAGUGAUACUUUCUAUCCAUAGACUAAUGUGGUAACGCAGUGUCCUAAACUUAGCUUCCCAUUAUGGACUCCAAGGGUAGCAUGCUCCCAGCCGUGUCUCCCAGACUCCUCCCGAGGGCCUGGGGAAUCUGUAUUACAAGCCUUCCCGUGGUCCUCUUCCUGAGGAAGAACACUGCUAACAUAGUAAAAGUAGUAAGGUGUUAAUGAUAUGAUAGAAUUGUGCCAACAUAGAGGAAAAACGUAAUGUGUGCUAGUUUAAAUGUAUGGUAGGUACCCUGAAUACUAUUAUUCCUAAAAAACCAACAAGCAAAACAUGUACCUUAGGCUCUUAGGCCUAAGAUAAUAAAACUCCAGAACAAACCAUCUUCUUAACUUCAUCUUACCACUUUUCCCAUAAAACAGACGUUGCCUGGGCCACCUUUAAUGUCUUUUUGCCAAAGGGAAAAAAUUAGGACUCAGGUUUUUCUUCAGCUACAUCCCUUUCUGUGAUUCCUGUAGUGGCUUCCUCCCAGAAAGAGUUGACUAUUUAUGUCUUCCGUGGCGAUCUUUCGAAAACUUUUAAAAACUUUAUUCAUUUGUUUGAGUAAUCUCUACACCCAACGUGGGGCUGGAACUCAUGGCCCUGAGAUCACCAGUCGCAUGCCCUUCUAACGGAGCCAGCCAGGCGCCCUGCUACUUUUCAAAAUUUUGCUAACAGAGUACAGACCCCAGUAUAUUGCAGUUGGUUAUUUUUGUUAAAAUUGACCACUGUUCAGAUGCCUCUUUAUACCACUUUAUACCUCCUUAUACCACUUUGGGACACAAAGUAAAGUGCUUAAUAAAUACUAGUUAAUUAUCAUCACAAUUUGAUAAGAAUGGUGGAAAAGGGGUUGGCAUCUUUUUGGCUUUCUCAAAUCCUAUUUCUUGUGUAUUGUGUUCAGUUCAUUUCACUUGCUAGAGUCUUACGCUUUCGUGUAUUUCUGGGCUCAUGCAAAAAGAAUCAUUUGGCCUGUAUCAAAUACAUAUCUAUCCCUGAAAUUUCAAGACAUUUUUUUAAUGUUUAUUUAUUUUGGAGACAGAGAGACAGAGCAUGAGCGGGGAAGGGGCAGAGAGAGAGAGGGAGACAGAGAAUCUGAAACAGACUCCAGGCUCUGAGCUGUCAGCACAGAGCCCGAUGUGGGGCUUGAACCCACGAACCGCAAAAUCACUACCUGAGCCGAAGUCAGAUGCUCAACCAACUGAGCCAGCCAGGCACCCCAAAAUUUCAAGUAAUUUUAAGAAUGUUCAACAUGACAAUCCAAAUUAUUUAUAAGCAAUCACAGACCAUUCAUACAUAAAUAGAAUUUUUUUUACUGUUGUAUUGCUGCAGGAAUGAAGACAUUGAAACCCACUAACAUUUAGUUAAAAGAGAUGAAUUUGGAUAAAGGAAAAAUGGAUUUUUGUGUAAGUUUUUAGUAACCCUCUGUAAGUUUUCAAAAUUAGUCACAGAUGAAAAAAGGUUUUCCUCAAAGGACCACAUACUGCAUGAUUCCAUUUAUAUGAGGGGUACAGAGUGGGCAAAUUCAUAGACAGAAAAUAGAUGACCAGUUGCUUGGGCUGGGGGUACGGAGAAACCGGGGUGAUGGCUAAAAGGGUUAGGGCUUCUUUGUAGGGUGAUGGAGUGCUGUAAACUUGAUUGAGGGGAUGACCGCACAGUUCUGAGUUUGCUAAUAACCACUCAAUGGUACAUUUGAAAUGGGUGAAUCGUAUAGUAUGUCAAUCAUAACAGUAAAACUGCUAUUUUAAAAAAUUAGAAAUCAGGGGCGCCUGGGUGGUUCAGUCUGUUAAGCAUCCAACUUCAGCUCCGGUCACGGUCUCGUGGUUCGUGGGUUCGAGCCCCAUAUCCCACUCUGUGCUGACAGCUCAGAGCCUGGAGCCCGCUUUGGAUUCUGUGUCCUCCUCUCCCUCUGCCCCUUCCCCUGCUCGUGCUCUGUCUGUCUCUCUGUCUCACUCUCUCAAAAAUAAACAUUAAAAAAAUUUUAAAAAUUAGAAAUCAGAGACAAUCUGGAAAAGACACAGAUAUUAAAAGUUUUGUUUGAAAUUGAAACCUGGUCGGAGGAUAACAGACACUAGGGUUGCACCAAUCAGGAUAUUAUUCCUUCCCUAUUCCCCUGCACUACCCCCCCACCCCCGUCCCCCCACAGGCUCAUUUCCACAUUAGCAGUAAAUGCAUUAGCUUCUCUUCCAUAGUAGUUAAUAGAAAAAUGUUCUAGCACAUAAACUAAUGGAUUUAUGAUUAGUCAUAGGACAAUUUUAACAUCUGACAAGUUUGAUUUUAAACCUGAUUUAUUAUUUUACGUCUUAUUUCCAACUUGACUUUAUAGUUACUUUUGAAAGAAUCUUGCUUAAAGCAUUGUACAAAUCUACCUCAGAAUCCUAAAUGAGGUGUUUCCUCUCUUUCCACCUUCCUGCCUGGAAUGGGUAAAGUGAGUUUUCACCCUCUCUUUCUCACUCUCAUUAAAAUUAAAUGGCAAUUAAAGUUUAUGGCUGGAAUACUGAUGAACUUUGAAAAAAGGAGAAAAAAAAAGAUAAGUUUACCUUAUGUUGAUCAAGUUCAAAACGACACUAGAGUAACGGUAAGAUGGGAAGAAAGUUUCAACACACAACCCUUUUCCGUUUUCCUAAUACGUGUUGGUUGUAUAUGUUUACUGGGUAUGCUCUUGCUUGUUCAUUUGGGAACUUGAUAACAUAUUCCAGAAAAAUUCAGCAUCACGCUCAGUGGUAUUAAAUAAGGUUGGGGAUUGCAUGAACUUGAAAAAUAUUUGUGUAGGAGAAAAUUCUCAUCCGUAGUCAAUACGUUAUCCUCUUACAUAAUUUUCACAAAGGGAUUUAAAAGGGACAUGACCAUGUUCUGCGCAAAAAUGCAUUCUCUAGUUUUCCGAGGACUCAAAAUGACAAAGAAAAGCCUUCUUUGUCUACACAUUGAGCUGUACCCUAACCAGACGGCUUUCAGAUUUAAGCAUGAGUGGCAACAUGGCUUGCUUGAUGUGGCAAUCGCUGGAGUUCUCGGUCAGUGCAAGACCCCACUGCCAGUUCUCUGCGAAGCAAGGCAUCACGGCUGUGGGUCAGGGCGGCCUCAGCUACCACACUGAGGGUUAGCAAAUGAUUUUACCAGCUGCCGUUUAAACAUCUUAUUUGUCCUUCCUGCCUCAAAGAGGAAUAUUUUUCUAAAAUUGAUUGUGGUAGGUUUUCUGUCUGGAAACAUUUGCCUAGAGAAGACAGAGUUCUUCUAGUUGUAAGCAAUAGACGGAGGGCUUACUAUUCAGUUCUUAAAUCUGUGGGUUUUUCUACCAAAACAAGGAGUCCGAUUGCAGUCAGAAUGCAGCACGGUUACUCGUUUUUGAUUCUCUUAUCACCCCACCCUUCGGGGAACUUAGUCAUUUUUAUUUGGGGCCAGGAAAAAAGGAGGUUGCAGCCUUGUAAAAGAAUCAAACUUCCUGAUAGCUGACUGGAUGAUUUACCUGUGCCCACUUUAACCUAGUUAUGAUCUUCCCACACAAAGGGAAUUCUCUACAGCUAGAGAACCAGAUAAUCCCUAACCUAAACCGAAAAAUGUUGCGAACAAAAUUUAAGAUCCAAAGGAAGAUAUAUUUGAUAUAUUCCUUUUAUGGUUCCCAAACAGAACAAACAAACCGGCAGAAAACAUCCACGAUGAAAAAUUGGAGGCUGAAAUUGUGUCUGUACCAUCCUGAUCGUUCAUAUGUGCUCAGAUACACACAUUCUCUCCAUUUCUCAUUUUACGUAGUCAAUCGGUGCAAGAGAGUUAAAUAAUUGUUAUUCUCUACGCUGCUCUGAUUACUCCGAUAUUUUAACCUUCUAGUGAAUUUCAGAAGACACGGCCUCUUCAUGUUGUCAGUUAAUAUAUUUAACUCGGAUGAGGUAAAUAUCACUACAGCAAAAUUCUGUUCUGUGAUAUCAACUACACUCAAUAACUUUUUGUUCUAGUUUACAGUCCCAGUUUGAAUUCUGACUCCCGAGAGGCAGAGAAAUUUUCUAGAAAGGCCAAGUCAUUGAAUUUUACUUGCAAUCGGCUUUACGUGGGGCCACGUGUUCAUUCCACAAAUCAAUCACAAAGUAUUCGUUAGUAGAAGGAAUCCCCCAAAUAUCUAACAAAAUGUCAUCUGUUACCAAAAGCAUUAAUUCUAUUUGAAAUAAAUGCAUUUCUCUUAGUAAACACACACACACACACACACACACACACAACACCCCUUGGAAUUUUAGAAUCUCGUCAUUUUGUUGACCUACUUUUUUACACUGGAAUCACUUUUAUUAAGUUAGAUCAAACACAGGCUCUUUGCCUCAACUAAAUGGACGUGCUAAACUGGCUCCAGAGUUGAUUUGUGGAACUCAUUAUGGACUUCACAAAGUGUUCAAGGUUGCUUUUCAAUUUGUUUCAGCCAGAAUCAAUAAAUCUCUCACCUGGUUUCUUUGCUGCA